UUGACGUUGACAGCCGACGAACUCUGACAAACCUUUGUUUUCAUUUCCAAGGUUGUUAGCUGGAGCUUGAUGAAGUCCGGUGUAUUUAAAGUUAAUAAAGCGGUCGCACUAUCGUAGUAAAUACAUUUUUUAAAAUGUCGACUUGCGAGUCUCAGAAGGCAGAAGCGUCUAAAGACAAUGUUUCGACAAAUUCUGUCGAUGAAGGUUUGCCUAGAGAAUUAAGCCAGUUGAGCCUUUCUAGUGCAUCAAAUCCAGAUGAAUUCCAUUGUAAUAAAGGACAUUCCGAAACGACAAUGAAAAAUAUUUAUGGAUACUAUCAGUCACAAAAACUUUGUGAUGUUGCGUUAAUAGCUGGGGGAUGCAGGAUUCCAGCACACAAAGUUGUAUUAGCUUCUUGCAGUGAGUACUUUGCAGCCAUGUUUACAGGCUCCCUAAGAGAAGCUCAGUCAUCAGAAAUAACUCUAGAACGAGUUGAUUCACAAGCACUUAGAUCACUUGUUCAUUAUUGCUAUACAGGCAUUAUAGAGUUAAGUGAGGAAACAGUAGAGAUCCUCCUGUCAACAGCAAGCUUACUCCAAUUACAUUCAGUUACAAAGGCUUGUUGUGAUUUCCUUGAAAAGCAGCUGGAUCCAUGCAACUGUUUAGGGAUUGCUUUCUUUGCUGAACAACAAUCUUGUAUGGGAUUGCACAAAAGUGCUUUGGAGUAUACAUACCAACAUUUCAUGCAGGUUGUUAAACACCAAGAGUUUCUUAGUUUGCAAUCUGAACAACUAUCUAAUUUACUAAAAUCAGAUGAUCUCAAUGUCGUAACUGAAGAAAAUGUGUUUGAAAGUCUUAUGGCAUGGGUACAACAUGACCAUGAAAAUAGACAAGGCUAUCUACCCUCAUUAUUAAAGUUAAUAAAAUUGCCCCUACUGUCAUCAGAGUAUUUGAUUGAUAAAGUUGAACAUGCAUGCGGUGAAGUACCCGAAUGCCAGCCGCUUAUAAUGGAGGCUGUUAAGUGGCAUUUAUUGCCGGAUAGGCGAUCAAUGCUAUUCUCUCAUAGAACAAGACCACGUACAUCAACCAUUGGAAGGCUUCUUGCUAUAGGUGGCAUGGACGGCUACAAGACCCUGUUUUAUCUUCAAUCAACACAAGCAACACCCAAACCAGGUGCAAGUAACAUGGAGAUGUAUGACCCAAGGACGAAUUCUUGGACACCAUUUAUGAGAAUGGGAGCUCGACGGCUGCAGUUUGGUGUAGCGGUUUUGCAAAACAAACUUGUCGUGGUUGGGGGAAGAGAUGGACUCAAAACUCUUAAUACGGUUGAGUGCUUCGAUCUGACGUCACUGAGCUGGAGUACGUUAGCCCCGAUGAACACGCAUCGCCACGGCCUGGGAGUGGCCGUGCUCGGCGACGGACCCAACUGCCCCAUUUACGCCGUAGGGGGACACGACGGAUGGAUUUACCUUAAUUCUGUGGAGAGGUGGGACGCGUGCUCGCGCUCGUGGACCAUCGUGUGCCCCAUGGCGGGCGCGCGCAGCACGUGCGGCGUGGCGGCGCUGCGGGGCCGCCUGUACGCCGUGGGGGGGCGCGACGGCGGCGCCUGCCUGCGCUCCGUCGAGUGCUACGACCCCGCCACCAACCACUGGACCAACUGCGCGCCCAUGACGCGGCGCCGCGGCGGCGUCAGCGUGUGCGCGGCGGGCGGGUACCUGUACGCGCUGGGCGGGCACGAGGCGCCGGCCAACACGGUGGGCGGGCGGCUGGCCUGCGUGGAGCGCUACGACCCCGUGACCGACUCAUGGAUCCUGCUGGCGCGUCUCUCCUACGGCCGGGACGCCAUCGGCUCCUGUCUGCUGGGCGACAGGAUCGUCGCCGUCGGCGGGUACGACGGCGUGCAGUACCUGUGCGUGGUGGAGGUGUACGACGCGGAGGCCGACUGCUGGCGCAAGCUGGCGCCGCUCAGCACGGGCCGCGCGGGCGCCGCCGUGGUGGCCGUGCCGCCGCCGCGCAACCUGUUCUGAUACGCGCACCACCAGCUCGUCGUGUACGUCGUCGGCUGAGCGGCGCCAGGUGAGGCGGCGGGCUUCCCCCCCCCGACGGGCUUACGACUCGAUGUGCCUGUUUGUCUACAAUUUUCUAUACAAAACUUUUCAAAUAUAUUUCUUCAAUUUCCAUCCGUUAUUCAGGUUACAUAUCGAAUACCUGCCAUUUUAAAAACAAACUACGAUGGGUAACUUGCUCUAGGGUCGCCGGUUAACAUUCGCCCGAUCGAAAAUCUUAAUCAUUUUCUACGUGCUGUUAGUUCCUAAUCGGUAAUUUUGUAACUAAUAUAACAUUCUCACUGGUUGUUUCGUAGCAAACGUUAUUACAUCAUAAACGGUUUGAGAAAAUGAAAAUGAAAAUUUUCGAUUGGGA